CUCUCUCUCUCUCUCUCUCUCUCGCUCUACCCCCUUCCCUCUCAAACCCCCCUCUCUCUGGGUGGAGUAAGUGGGCGGGGUCACAGAGGAAGCAUGUCAGACCAGUGAGACAUAAACAUACACAGAGCAGUUGGAAGAAGCAGAGAGACAUACACUCCGUGUGCAGUGUGAUUCAGCGUGUAUGUGUGUUACUGAGUAGUGAUGGUAGCAGAGGAGGUGGUGGUCACUCUCUCAGGAGGGGCUCCAUGGGGCUUCAGACUGCAAGGAGGAGCAGAGCACCAAACACCACUACAGGUGGCCAAGGUGCGACGGCGCAGUAAGGCGUGCCGGGCCGACCUGAGGGAGGAGGAUGAGUUGGUUGCCAUCGGCGACCAUGUCUGUGCAGAGCUCAACCACGCUCAGGCGAUGAUGCUCAUCGACUCCCAUCGACACACUCUCAACCUCAGGGUCAAGAGGUCUGGGUUCCAUUCUGUGGUCCUGCCGGGUCGGAUACACACAGCCACACACACUGACGGGCCUGCCUGCUUCACCCUCACCUCCCCCCCUGACAGUGAGGCCUAUUAUGGAGAGAUGGACAGCGAUUCGGACACACACACACACACACACCGCCGCCAGCGACACACUCCUCCGGACGCGCGCUCUCCCGGUCGCCAGCAGGAGGAGGAGGAGACUUCGGAGAUAAGCGGGUAUGAGAGCGCUCCAGAUGGGGGUGUUUCCCUGCAGGGGACCUGGGAGCAACUACCCACACUGGGAAAUGGGGGGAUCCAACAGUGGGAGCAACCAACGGGAUCAGGAACAGGGGGGUUUCAACCUGGAGUACCACGCAGGGAGGUGGUCUACCAACCCCAAACCCAACCCCCGCAGGCCCGGCCAGAGUGGACCCACCCAGCCCGGCCCGUCCUACACCAUGCGCAGGGGGAGCCGGUGGUGGGAGGAGAGGUGGAGGGAGACAGUGGGUUCCAGGAGGCAGGGGGGGGUGUGGUUCUGGCCUGCUCACCCCUGGUGUCUCCAGAGCGGGCUAGAGGAGCCAUGAUGCUGUGCUCCAGCUCUCAGAUGGUUCCCAUGGUGGGUGCCCAGCUGACCCCACUCAGUGAUGAACUGUCUGCUACGUACAAGGAAAAGGCCCGGCAAGCCAAGCUGCAGAGAGGAGAGAGUGUGGUAGACAGGCAGGUGAAAGAGGCUCGUACUAAAUGUCGUUCCAUCGCCUCCCUGCUCACCGACGCUCCAAACUCCAACUCCAAAGGAGUUCUCAUGUUCAAGAAGAGACGCCAGCGUGCCAAGAAGUUCACCCUCACCUGUUUUGGCCGCGCGGAGGGGGAGGUGGGUGCUGAGACAGGGGGAGAGACGGAGGGGGAGGUGGGUCCUGAGACUGGGGGAGAGACGGAGGGAGAGGAGGAGGAGGGGAGUUCCUUCCCCUCGGGUUCAGAGGUGGAUGAAGAGGGCUUUGCUGGAACCUUUGACCCCACGUGGGACAGCGAAUACCUGGACAUGCUGGAUAGGAGGAGUUCUGCCUGCCCCUCCACCUAUAACUCAAGGCCCCAAACACCAACUAAUCAGAGCUCAGGGUUGGAUUCCUUGGCCUAUCAGAGUCCAGAGGUGAACAUGUCAUUCAAUCAGGGGUCUGAGAUGAAUGCCCCAGCCUAUCAGAGCCCCGGGCUGGUCUACAUAGCCUAUCAGGGGAAAGAGACAAAGCAGUAUGAGCAGCAAAGGAAAUUGGCCACUCCUGUCACCUACAACUCUGCCCCUAACACCUCCCUGACUACAAGUUUGUCCAAUGGGGGCUCAGCAGGGAUGAGUCAGGCCAGUGUGGUUCUGACUUCCCCCUCUCACACCCCUAUCCCCCCCCAGCCUGACCUAAACACUAACCCUAACCCGCCUGGGGGAAUCCAUAACCGCACGGCACGCCCCUUCACCUCAGGCCUCGCCCCAUCUCGCCCCCCUGCCAGCCCUGUCAUCUUCCGACCCGUCCAGCCCACUCCUGGCUUAACAAUGGUUUCCAAACCCACUGCUGAGGUAUCCAUGGUAACCAUUGCCUCCCCUCGCCCUUCAGGGGCGCCCGAGGCCAGGAGAGCGGUCUCCAGUACCUCCCUCUACAUCCCCCCUAGACCUACUGAAUCCAUCCUCUCUCCUCCUCCUCUUGUUCUCUCUCCUCCAUCCUCUCAUACCUGCACUCCCUCUCAGCCUUUCCCUUCUCCCUCAGUCCAUACUGCCACCUUCUCUCCUUCUUCUGACUGCUGUUCUCCUUCUCAUUAUCCUCCUCAACCCACCCAACACUUCUGCUCCUUGACUGCUCCUCAACUAUUCUCUCCUCCUCCUGCCCCCAUUCAACACUUCUCUACUCCUAGUCAACCUUUCUCCCCUCCUCCUCCUCAUGCCCCAGUCUAUCCAUCCUCUGCCAUGGCUGCCCAGCCCUUCUCUCCUCCUUCUUCUUCUAAUCAACCCUUCUCUCCAUCCUCUGCCACACCUUACAUUCCCUCCCUUGCUCAGACCCAACCCCCUCCUCCCUUGACCUUCAACUCCUAUGUCUCUAUGACAAACCCUGCCAUGGUGACCCCCUCCACUGCUCAGACCCCUGCCUCUGAUUCAUUGUCGUCCCGUGAGCAGCGUAUCGCCGUCCCCGCCUCCAGAACAGGCAUUCUCGCGGAGGCGCGUCGUCGCAGCAACAAGAAGCCUAUGUUCCGUCCUUCUGUGGAGAACAAGAAGGACGUGUCUCCCAACCCGGCCCUGCUGGAACUGCUCCAAAACCCGGAUGCACCGACCAGGAUAGGCCCAGGCCCCAUGGGGCCUAGUGGAGGAGUUAGUGGGGAGGCUGGAGGUGAGUCAGGCCCUGAAGAGGACUGGUUGAAGCUGGGGGCUGAGGCCUGUAACUUCAUGCAGGCACAGAGAGGCUCCAAGCCCCCUCCUGUGGCCCCUAAACCCCAGCCUCCUCCACAGGUACCCCAGCUAGCAGGGAAGGGGGGUCAGCUGUUCGCCCGUAGGCAGAGCAGGAUGGAUCGCUAUGUGGUGGAGACCCCCUCCUCACCCCAACCCAGUCCUGGCCACCCCCGCCAGCCCUCUCCCACACCCUCCCUCCCCUCUCAAUUCAAAUACUCCUCCAGCUGCAGAGCCCCCCCUCCCAUCAGCUAUAACCCCCUCCUCUCCCCCUCCUGCCCUCCCCAGGCCCAGCGCCAGAGGGCGGGGGUAGUAGGACAGGGUGGGGGUUCAGCGGGGCAUAAAGCCACCCCUGGGGGUCAGAAGGCUCAAGGCAUCAAGGCUCUGGACUUCAUGAGUCACCAGCCCUAUCAGCUAAACUCCUCCCUCUUCAGCUACGGGGGCAGGACUCCCCAGGGCCAAAACAAGAUGCCACGUGUGUAUGAGGUCAAACGUUUCUCCACACCACCUCCCACAGGCCCCGCCCCUACUGUCAUCAUCCCACGGUCAGCGACCACACUAGGAGAACCGAUGUGGAGGUCUGAUGUCAUUUCUCUUCCCCCAACAGCCACUUCCUGCUACCAAUCACUCUCUACCCCCCCCUACCAACCUCAGCCCCAGUGGGUCCCUCCUACUCCAGCCCCCACAGGCCCCCUCCCGCAGCUCCCGAGCUUCUCCUGCGUCCAUGUCCCUAACCCUAACCCCUACCCCUCACAGGCCCACGCCCCCCAACAAGGUAACAGUCAGUUUAAGAGUGCCCCUGAUCUGAGCCCUUUGGCCCACACCCCACCUCGCCCCGCCUCCACGCAGCCCUCCAGAGUGCCUCGUCCCAAAUUCAGCACCUCUAAUCUGGGUCUGCAACCUAGCGUCUGGCGCCCCGGAUCCACCAUGACCUAAGACAAAACACUAUAGACUGGCUCUGGAGAAAUCCCAGCUUGCAAAUUUGGUUCCUUGGAAGUUGUGGGAACGUACGUUUUUGGUUUACCAUUGGUUCUGGGAACGAAGCCAUAAGUUACCCAGACCGGUAAAACUGAACAUUUUUUAAACAUUCUGAUAACGGAAGUAAACAUUUUGCCUGUUCUGGGAAGGUACGCUUUUAGUUUGCAGGGAGCUUUUGAGAACAUUUUAUUCUGGUUCCCCUGAAAGUUUUCCUAGGAGGUUUUGUUAUCGUUCUUAGAACAGAAAUGAUGGGUUAUUUGAAGGUAAUUAAAUAAAGUUUUGAGAACA